CAUUCCAAGGGUUAAAAGAAGGGAGCCAAUCACAAAGAGGGAUGGGAAAAUGUAUGGCUGCGGAGAGUGAGGGCAGAGGCAUCUCUGGCCCUGGAUGAGACACUAUGAGUCAAAGCCCUGCAUCUAGAGUAACACUUUGUCCCCUGAUCCUGUCCUCACUCCAUUAUUGCAUCACAUCUGUCUCUGGUUGAUGCUGUGAUGAGGUUAGAACCCUUGAUAGCUUUUUUUUUUUCCUUUUUGUAUCUGAACGGUGGUUUUACUGACCAAUAUGUUCCUGAAUAAGGACUCCAAGCCCAGAGUACACAGUUAAGGCAACUACUUUGUUUCCAACAAGAAAGUACACAAGGAACCCCGAGUGUCCCCCACUAAUGUGAGAGCUUGACCCCCGACCGGUCUCCACCCAGUUCAGGGAGAAAAACGUCCUCUAGCUGGCCAGUCUAUCAUCCACUGUGACACCUACUUACAAGGCAGACAAGGCAUCGACUGACAUCUGCUCACCGUCCAAGCACCAGGUCUGGGCUGAGCAGCUCCGCAAGCACGUUUGGCAGAUGCUCUCGUUUGCGUUAAAAUCGAACGUGCGCGCUGACGCAUGGCUGCCGGCCGCGGAUCUCGAAUUAGAACAAGAACUUCCUCUACUUGAGAAAGAAAACCUACACAAAACCUACACCUAACAUCAUACUUAAUGGACAAUUGUGGACAAGAAACAGUAGAGUAUAGCAUUACAGCUCUAAACUGAAGGAAGACUGCCCUUGCUCCACUCAUCCCCAAGAGGAGAAUGGCUAAGAACUCUUCUGUGACAGAGUUUAUCCUUACAGGUUUAACAGACCAGCUGGAACUCCAGAUCCCUCUCUUCUUCCUGUUUCUAGGUUUCUACAUGGUCACUGUGCUGGGAAACCUGGCCUUGAUAGCCCUGAUUUGGUUGAAUUCUUGCCUACACACUCCCAUGUACCUUUUCCUCUUCAACCUCUCCUUAAUAGAUUUCUGCUACUCCACUACCAUCACCCCCAAAAUGCUGAAGAGUUUUGUCUCAAAGAAGAACAUCAUCUUGCAUGCAGAGUGUAUGACUCAACUCUUUUUCUUCUGCUUCUUUGUCAUUUCUGAGUCCUUCCUCCUGUCAGUGAUGGCAUAUGACCGCUAUGUGGCCAUCUGUAAACCAUUGGUGUACAUGGUCACCAUGUCUCCUCAGGUCUGUCUAUUCCUUUUGUUGGGUGUCUACGUGAUGGGGCUUUCAGGGGCUAUGGUCCAUACGGGAAGCAUAGCAAGUCUGACCUUCUGUGCUGACAACCUUCUCAAUCAUUUCAUGUGUGACAUCCUUCCUCUCCUUGAGCUGUCCUGCAACAGCACUUAUGUAAAUGAAUUGGUGGUCUUCAUCCUUGUGGCCAUUGACAUUGGAAUGCCCAUCAUUACCAUCUUCAUCUCUUAUGCUGUGAUUCUGUCCAGCAUUCUGCACAUUCACUCCACUGAGGGCAGGUCCAAAGCUUUCAGUACAUGUAGCUCUCAUAUAAUUGUGGUUUCUCUUUUCUUUGGUUCUGGGGCUUUCAUGUAUCUCAAACCACAUUCUAUUUUGCCCCUUGACCAAGGGAAAGUGUCCUCUCUGUUCUAUACCACUGUGGUGCCCAUGUUAAACCCACUGAUCUACAGUUUGAGGAACAAGGAUGUCAAAGUUUCCCUGAGGAAAACCUUGGAAAGAAAAAUAUCUUCUUGAAAAAGUAGCAUUUGAAGAAGAUACAAUGCUUUGUUUAUUGGUGUGUGUGUUUUCCAAGACAGAUCCAAGUUCUAGUUUUUUCUCUUCUGUAAAAAAGAGAAUUUUAAGUCUUUACGUUUCAUGGAUGUUUACUACAUAUCUAUUUUCUGUAUCCCGUGACCCAUCUCGA